AUGAGUAGGCGGCGGCAGCGCCUGCCGGCAAAGGAACCCAAGCUUGGCGCCAUCUCGCACAAGUCGCUGCUCAACGCCCUCAACUGCGAGUCCGAGGCGCUGCGCAAGGUGCACCUGCGGAUCCAGCGCCAGAUCACCAACCUCGAGGCAGAGGAGCGUAUCCUGAUGCAGAUGGCGCGCCGCGAGCGGCUCGCGGCGGGGCUGGAGGACCCGGGCGGGGGUGAUGGACCAGAGGAGGGGUCAGAAGAGGCGCCGCGCGGCGACGGCACGGGCGUGGGGGGCGGUGCAGACGGUGACGAGGCCUGUGGCGAACCGCAGCAGCAGGAGCCGGGGGAGCAGCAGGAGGAGCAGCAAGUGCCGCGGGAGCAGCAGCACGAGCAGCAGGGGCGGCAGCAGCAGCAGCGACCACGAGGGCAGCCGUCGAGCGAUGGGGUGGAGAUGGACGAUGGUGAAGGCGGCACCUCAAACGUCGCAGCAGCGGCAGCUGACGGCGAGGGACGCCUGCAGCAGGGGGUCGGACGUGCAGGCUCUGACGCGGCAGGAUCGGACGACGAGGGGUCAUUGCCAUCGCGCCAUAAGCGGCGGCGGCGCUGA